AUGUGUCCUAAAGCCGGGGAAUUACCAAAGAGCAAUGGCAUUCCAUGGAGAGGAAACUCAGGAUUACAAGAUGGAAAAGACACUACUGAUGAUAAAAAAGGACUUGUUGGUGGUUAUUAUGAUGCAGGAGACAAUAUAAAGUUCCAUUUUCCAAUGUCUUUUGCUAUGACAAUGCUAAGUUGGAGUGUGCUUGAAUAUAAGCAAAAAUACAUGGCAAUUAAUGAGUAUGAUCAUGCUAGAGAACUCAUUAGGUGGGGUACUGAUUACUUGCUUUUAACCUUCAACAGUUCUGCUUCCAAAAUCAACAAAAUUUAUGCUCAGGUUGGUGGAUCUCUAAAUGGUUCUAAAACACCAGAUGAUCAUUACUGUUGGCAAAAACCAGAAGACAUGGACUAUCCACGCCCAACGACAACUAUAUUCGAAGGACCUGAUCUUGCGGGAGAAAUGGCAGCAGCAUUAGCAGCAGCAUCCAUAGUAUUCCAAGACGACACCACAUAUUCCAAAAAACUACUCAAGGGAGCUGAAACGGUCUUUGCAUUUGCACGAGACUUUGGUAAAAGAUCGACAUAUAGUCGCGGAAAGCCUAACAUCGAACCUUUUUAUAACUCAUCUGGUUACUUUGAUGAGUACAUGUGGGGUGGUGCUUGGUUGUUUUAUGCAACUGGAAAUAGUACCUACAUUUCAUUGGCAACUGAUCCUAAUGUGCCUAAGCAUUCCAAUGCAUUUUAUAUGAUUCCUGAUUUGAGUGUUCUGAGCUGGGAUAAUAAGUUACCUGCUGCUAUGUUGUUGUUGACAAAGUUUAGGAUGUUUCUUAGUCCUGGUUACCCUUAUGAGGAAAUGCUUAGUAUGUACCAUAAUGUUACUAGUCUUACCAUGUGCUCUUAUCUUCAACAAUUCAAGGUCUUUAACUGGACUAGAGGAGGAUUGAUACAAUUGAACCAUGGAAGACCACAAUCUCUUCAAUAUGCUGUCAAUGCUGCAUUUUUGGCAUCUCUUUUUGCUGAUUAUAUGGAAGCCAAAGGUGUUCCUGGAUGGAAUUGUGGUCCUAAUUACUUUUCAAGAUCUGUUCUGAAGGCAUUUGCAACCUCUCAGAUUGAAUACAUAAUGGGUAAAAAUCCAAUGAAUAUGAGCUACAUAGUAGGAUAUGGCAAUAAAUUUCCAAGACAUGUUCAUCAUAGAGGUGCAUCAACUCCAAAUGAUCACAAGCAUUACUCAUGGACUGGUGGUUGGAAGUGGCGCGACACAGAUAACAGAAAUCCUCACAACAUUACAGGAGCAAUGGUUGGAGGACCAAAUAAUUUUGACCAAUUCCAUGAUUCAAGGACUAAUUACAACUAUACUGAACCAACUUUAGCUAGUAAUGCGGGAUUAGUAGCUGCUUUAAUUUCCUUAACAAGUAUUGAAGGUACUAGUGGUGUUGAUAUUAAUACAAUUUUUGAAGCUAUUCCACCUUUUGGGCCACAAAAUCCACCUCCACCACCACCUUGGAAACCAUGA